GCGCGUCCGGGUCCCGCUGCCGCCGGUGCGGCCCGAGCGCGGCGCCUCCCGCUCCUCUCCCGCUUCCCUCGGCCCCACCAGGUUCCCUCAGCCACCCCCGCCAUGCACCCGCGGCGCCCCGACGGCUUCGACGGCCUCGGCUAUCGUGGGGUCGGCCGCGACGAACUGGGCCCCGGCUCCAGGCCCUUCAGCAGCGGCUCGGAGCUGGGCUCCUGGGUGACCACUCCGCCCGAUAUCCCCGGCAGCCGCAACCUGCACUGGGGGGAGAAGACGCCGCCGUAUGGGGCUGGGACCCCUCUGGGCGGCGCCGGCCCCAACGAGGAGGCCAACCUCGGGGCGGGCGGCCCCGGUGCCGAACAGUUGAACAGAUUUGCUGGCUUUGGUAUUGGCCUUGCAAGCCUAUUUACAGAAAAUGUGUUGGCACAUCCUUGCAUUGUUCUACGUCGUCAAUGUCAGGUUAACUAUCAUGCACGGAAUUAUCAUCUCACACCAUUUUCUAUUGUCAAUAUCAUGUACUGCAUCAAUAAGACACAGGGUCCAAGAGCUCUCUGGAAAGGAAUGGGCAGCACUUUCAUUGUUCAGGGCAUAACCCUGGGAACUGAAGGCAUCAUCAGUGAAUUUACACCUUUGCCAAGAGAGCUUUCACAUAAAUGGAACCUCAAGCAGAUUGGUGGACACCUUUUGCUCAAAGGGUUAACACAUGUGAUAGCAAUGCCUUUUUAUUCUGCAAGCCUGAUUGAAACUGUACAGAGUGAAAUCAUUCGAGACAAUCCUGGUAUCCUGGACUGUGUGAAAGAAGGAAUUGGCAGAGUUGUAGGCUUGGGAGUACCCCACAGCAAGCGUCUCCUUCCUCUGAUGGUCCUGACUUUUCCCACUGCUCUACACGGAGUUCUUCACUACAUCAUCCGUUCCAUCGUCCAGAAGCUUGUCUUGUUUGUUUUGAAAAGGGAUAAUUCCCACAACCUUCCAACUGAGAGCUCCACUUCUGUGCAGAGCAUGCUGGAUGCGUAUUUUCCAGAACUUAUUGCUAGCUUUGCUGCUAGCCUUUGUGCUGAUGUCAUGCUUUACCCACUGGAAACAGUUUUGCACCGCCUUCAUAUUCAAGGGACACGCACAAUAAUUGACAAUACAGACCUUGGCUAUGAAGUGCUUCCAAUCAAUACUCAGUAUGAGGGAAUGAAAGACUGCAUAAAUACUAUAAAACGGGAAGAAGGAAUGCAAGGUUUUUAUAAAGGAUUUGGAGCUGUUAUAGUACAGUAUACCUUGCAUGUGGCAGUUUUACAGCUUACCAAAAUUAUUUACUCAACACUGCUUCAAAAUGUUUCUUAAUCUGUCCAGGUCUGGAUCUAGCAUAUUGGACAUGAUUGACUUGCUAACCUAUAUUGUUUAAACAACUUAGAAAAUGAACUUUGGGGAAUCCACUCUGUGGAUUCUCCUUACACUGUAGAACAACUUGUAUUAAAAAUGGGGAUAUGGUUUCCAAAGUGUAAUUAAAAAAGGACUGUUUAAAAAUUACAGACACAAAUUGAUUAUGUCAUAUGCAGUCAUACAAGGGGAUCAGAUUUCAAAUGUGAUUGCAUUGAGGAUUUACUUUUCCUCUUACCAGUUCACUGACAUAAGGAAUGGAUAUGAAUUGUUAAGUAUCUGUUUUAUAAGCAUCACAUCUGAUAUUUAAUAUGGACUGUUAGCCAGUUGAAAGGAAUUUAUUUUCUUAAGUUAUAAGAACUUGCAGUUAGGAGACUGAUGGCUUUGCUGGUCUUUUAAAAAUGUUUCCAACUUCACUGUUAAUGGAACUGUGAGUACAAUAGAAACUGUAAAAGUGACUUAAGUAGGCUUAAAUGUUAUCAUUUACAGGUAUAUAGAAGACUUAUUUUGCUGCAGUGUGGCAGAAGAUGACAAAUAGGAAUCUCCUGCUUUGUGUAAUAACAAUGAAAAAUGGAUGUGGGGUAAAGCUGCACAGAAGGCAAAUUUGGCUGUCUUGCAGUUUGUUUGCAAGGCUUACAAUAACUAAGUGUGUGAAUAAAGCAAAAUAGAAAACAAUUGGCUGUUCGUAGAGUUUUUAUUUUGUUAUAUUGGAGGGGUGUGUAUAAAAUUGUCUCCUUAACUAUUUAGCACUGAUGUCUGUAAUUUAAAAUCUCUGCUAGUUUAAAUAUUUUGUGGAGCAGAGCUAAGUCUGUUUAUGUGUGAGGGAACCACUGAAAUACAUAUUUUUUGCCCUCUCCCCUUUCAGACUCAGCCUGAAAAUUAUUUUUAAUCAUUCUAAGUAAUCUAAUCCUUCGUUUCAUCAGUAAAUAUGGAGGUUGGGAGAUGGUUUUUGCAAAUAAAACAAGCAUGUGGAAAGUCACUUUUAAAUUAUGAGAGGCUGCUGCUUUUUUCACAUUCAUGUGGCAAGUCUGUUUUUGUGAAUGCUGUAAACUGAUCUGUGUUUUAAUCAUUAAUCAUUUUGUAGUUACCACUUAUGGAAAGUAGUCAUGGUAAAAUAAUGCAAAGAUGUUUCUCUUUGUAAGUUCUGACUUCAUAUCAGGUCUACUUCAUUAAUAAUCUAACUUCCAUGUAUUUUAAAUGCCUAAGUGUUGAAAUAGAAAUUAUGGUAAACUUGGAAACUGGUUUCUUUUGAAGUACUGUUGAUUGCAAUUUUAGUGUAUAGUGUAUGAAAUAAAAUGAGAAUUCACUGUAAGUAUUAUAAAAUAAUUCACCAAAGAGGCAUGUAAAGGAAUCCUGUUUUGUGUGUUAUGUUUUACUGUAUAGAUUCCAGAGUGGCAUUUUCAAAUUCCUCAACUUACAUAAGUGCAAGAAUGUGAUGAAUUAAACUACGUGUAAGAGCUUGGGUAACAUACUCA